CAACCUGCAUCAAGCAACACUAAAGCUUCAGAGUGCGUCGAGUCAAAGCGAUGCAGCUCCGCAAAGCAUCUCAACACAAUGAAACUCGGUCAAAUUGUUAGGCAUUUGAUCCAAACAAACUGAGUUCAUUGCGUCUUUUCGUAAAUUUAGUCAAAUUUAGAAAUUUAUGCAAAUGCCAACAAGUUCAAGGCUCGAAUUUUGGGCACAAGAAGGAACAACGAAGAUAAAUUAAGAUGCUCUCAUCAGCGUCAUUGGUUGUAGUUAAAAGAUCUUAAUGACAUGAAAAAUGAAACGAGACACUGUUAUUACCUGCAUAGAAGCUAAUCACAAAGGGAAGAUGAUGACAACGGUGCUAGAUGGCAGUUACCAACAAUUGGAAUUAACAGUGGACAGGGAUUCAGAAGAUGACGUUCAUGAGGAGACUCCACGGGAUUCUGGUGUUAUAAUACAUGUUGUACCAGAAGGUGGAAAAACGCAAUGGAACCACAUAGAAGAUUUAGAUUCAUUUUUUACAAGAAUGUACCAUUACCAUCAAAAACAUGGUUUCGUAUGCAUGAUGCUUCAGGAAGGUUUUGAACUAGCACAAUUUGUUUUUGUAGUAAUAUUUACAGUAUUUCUUUUUCAUGGUGUGGAUUACUCUAUACUGUUUAGAGAUAAAAGUGCUGGUAACAAAACUUCAAUAAUUGAUGCUAUAGUAUCAUCAAAAGAAUGUUUAGCAAGCAUGGGUUUAUUUACAUGGAUUUGCAUUCUUAUAGCAAAUAUUUUCUGGUUGCUGCGACUCAUUAAAGUUCUCUAUCAUUUUGUUCAGUUCUGGGAUAUCAAAUGUUUUUUCAAUGUUGCCUUAAAAAUCAAUGACAGUGAUUUAGAUAAUUUAACUUGGCAUGAAGUGCAAAAAAAAGUUAUAGAAGUGCAAAAAGAGUUGCAAAUGUGUAUUCACAAAAGAGAUCUGACUGAACUUGAUAUUUAUCAUAGGAUAUUAAGGUUCAAAAAUUAUUGGGUAGCCAUGAUAAAUAAGUCUCUUCUUCCUGUACCACUUAAAAUUCCGUUCAUAGGAAAUAUUAUUUUUAUGACGAAAGGCCUAAAAUAUAAUUUAGAACUGCUAUUGUUUUGGGGACCAUGGUCACCAUUUGAAAAUAGUUGGCACAUCAGAGAAGAUUACAAAAAAAUACAGAAACGUCACGAACUUGCAAGAGCUCUCUCAAAGCAUAUAUUAUGGAUUGGUAUUGCUAAUCUUGUCCUAUGCCCUUUAAUCCUACUUUGGCAAAUUUUAAAUACAUUUUUUAACUAUGGAGAAUUAUUGAAAAGGGAACCAGGUACUCUUGGAACACGCAUGUGGUCAUUGUACGGCAGAGUCUACUUACGUCACUUUAACGAGUUGGACCACGAGUUAACAGCUCGACUGAAUCGAGCCUACCGUCCAGCAUCUAAGUACAUGAGCAUGUUCACAUCCCCGCUGUUGACAAUAUUCGCCAAAAAUAUUGCAUUUGUGUCAGGAAGCAUAUUCGUCGUCUUCUUCAUUUUGACAAUGUACGACGAAGACUUUUUACAAGUCGAACACGUUCUUAUGAUCCUAGCAGCAACUGGUGGCAUUGCUGGUAUUGCCAGAUCUCUUAUACCUGAUGAAAAUUUAGUAUGGUGUCCUGAAAGUCUACUUACUGCGGUUCUUGCUCACACACACUAUCGACCAGACAGUUGGCGAGGCCAAGCUCAUACUCAAAUGACCAGAGCACAAAUGGCUCAACACUUCCAAUACCGUGCGGUGCAUUUAUUGGAGGAGCUCAUAUCACCUCUCUUGACGCCGUAUAUUUUGAUUUUUAAAUUGAGAUACAAAGCACUGGAUAUAGUUGAUUUCUAUCGCAGAUUUACUGUCGAAGUGACCGGGGUGGGAGACAUAUGUAGCUUUGCUCAAAUGGACGUAAGAAAACAUGGAAAUCCUAUGUGGCAAACUUUGGCUCACAGUCCUCAUGUCAAGGACACCGACAUGACUGAUUUUGGAAAUAUUGGAGUGGCACCGACCGAAAAACAUAUUCCUCUGAUAUCCGACAACAUUACUCAAGCCGAAGAUGGCAAGACUGAAUUAUCAUUAAUACACUUCACACACACAAAUCCCGAUUGGAAACCGCCUGGAUAUGCCGAAGUCUUCGUUGCUGCUUUGCGUGAAAGAGCUAAAAAAGAAGCAACGAACGUAGGAUAUUAUGAUACCAAUCCUCUUUAUGCUAGCUUGAACAGCCUGUCUUGCUUAGGGCCAGAGUACAAUGGUGUAGUUUCAAACAUUCUCCGAAGUACGAUAACGCCUCAGAUGAAUAUAACAAGUCAAUAUUAUCAGCCUAUGCCAGGAAUGUCAUCGGAUCGUUCCAUCACUGAGCCUAUUUCUGACAGUAUUAGCCAUAUUGAUGUAAAUAGGCAAGAAGCAAAAGCUAUGCACCGAGGAGUUAGUAGAGCAGAAGGACCAUUGCAUAUUGGUGAAAGAAGUUUGCUACAUAGCUUACAACAAGCUACUGGAAUAAUAAAUCAGUCAUUGGAAACAUCUAUACUCGGCACUGCUACAGACAUAAAUGCCGAGGCUUCUGUUCCUCUGGAGUUGACGGCUAUAGAUAUGUCUCUUUCUACAUUGUACCUGCAUGAACUUCAUCAUAGACAAGUUCGAAGGAGAGGAUACCGCGAAGUAACUGCUAGAAGUAUAUGGCAACGAAGUCCCCUCCAAGAAUUGGAAAUUUUACCAGAAUUAGGACAAGAAAGAGCUCCAUUACUUCAACAUCAAGAUUCUUCCAUUAGAAGAGAAAUGGACCGAAAAUAGUAACUGGAAAUUAUUUACUCCUAUAACUCGUUUUCAUAAUUUAUCGACUUUACAUAUGACGUCUCAUUCAAGUUAAUUUGUAUUUACAUUACAUCCAAAUUAAAUGCUUAUAACCUGAUGUGUCUAUUACAAUCGCAAUUAGUUUUUUACGUUUGGAUGGCGAUCAAUUAAACGUUUAAGAGAAAAUAGCACAAAUUCAAAACUAUUUAUCGUUUUUUUUAUGACGUCACUCGACAAUCUAACAAAUAGUUUUAUUAUACUACCUUAAAUUUAAUAGGUUUUUGCUAUGUUGCAAACAUUUAUUAGAUAAAGUUAAUUUACUCAGUAACUAUAAUUUUUAAGUCCUUUUUCUCUAGUCAUUCUAACAUAAAAUUAUAAGCUGUUUACAUGAUGUGCAAUGAAUGAAUCGCAUGUUAGAAGUUCAAAAUCGCAAUUGCUAUCGUAUUACUAGUGAAAAAGUGUUGACGUUAUUAAUUUGAAUAUCUAUUUUCUAAAUGAAUCAAUUCUCAAGUUAAUCUGAGCAUAUAAAACAAAAAUUGUUAAUAAGUAGAUAACAAGGAAUGCUUUUGGAUUGAUUAUGGUUUCGAAUUAUUUAUUCAAACAAUAAUAAGCUAUGAAAUAUAACUAGCACACUGCAGGUGAAGAAUAAUGAAUGAAAUGUUAAUUAUUUCCCUAUAUAAUAUUUGUAGGCCGAUUCCGUUAAUAAGUUUCUUUUCUGCAAUAUAUAAUUUAAUCUUUUGUUUCAAUAACGUGGUUGUUAUAGAAUGUAAGAAACGUUUGUUAAUACAAUAUUUGAAGUGAUUUAGAAACUAAAAUGUCUAUAAUUAAGGCUGGUGUUUCGAAAAUGACAUCGCAUGUAAUUAUGGUGUAAAUACGUUUUGUAAAUAUAAUAUCUUUUAUAAUGUGAGCAUUAA